AAUAUUUAUAGUUCCAGCACUUUCCGUACUUUUAACCUGUGAAAGGAGGAUCUGACAUCAAAGAUGAAGAAGGUUCUGCUGAUAUUUUUUUUUGUUUCUGUUGCUGUUGUCUUCGCAAUGAGGAAAAGACUGGCUCAUUGCUCACUUCUUCUGGAACAAGUCUGUUACCUCCAGGGACACGACCCCCAGUGUGGAACCAACAAUUUUACCUUUUAUAACAAAUGCGAAUUUGCGCAAUUUCACUGUAAGCAUCCCUACGUUCAUCUUGCUCACAACGGCUCGUGUUACGCCGACAGCCAUUCUCAUCAAAUGACUCAUGGACAGGAACUGGUGUUUGAUCUCUUCUGCAAGACAGUGACGUCACAUCCCUGUAAUGAUGACUUUGCAGAGGUCUGUGCAUCCGACGGUCAUACUUAUAUUAAUCACUGCUUCUUUGAAACUCACCGCUGUCUCCAUCCUGACUUGACCAUUGUGUCCGAGUCACCGUGUACAGCAAAUCCAGUAGGAUAAAAGCAAGCAUGUAAAGUUAAAAAGCCUCAUUGUAAA